UUUAUUUUCUAAUUAAUAAUAUAUUUCGUUUGACUAAAUUAUCGAAAUUAUUUGGAGAAUUUGAAAUAUCAAGUACCUAAACUUACAACCAAUAACACGGCUUAUAUGAAACUCGCAGAUGAUUGGUAGAUUUUAAAUCAACAUAUUGCUGUCAACUGUCGUUAUUUGCUUUACCUGCCUUCAAAAUAAGUACUUUGUAUAAACGAAUUUGUGAAAAUGGCUCAAAACGUAGAUCCCUACCACGCACAACGAGCAAAUAAUUCUAAACAUAGCGAAGAAGGAAGAUCUAAUACAAAUGAUAGUCAUGCAGUUACAAAAAGGUUACAAAAGGAGCUAAUGUCGUUAAUGAUGUCGCAAGAAAGAGGUGUAUCUGCAUUUCCGGAGGGCGACAAUUUAUUCCGAUGGAUUGGAACAAUCGCCGGACCUAAAGAAACCGUCUACGAAUUGCAAAAGUAUAAACUUUGUUUACAAUUUCCGAACUCUUAUCCAUACACAGCACCAGGUGUUAAAUUUAUCACUCCAUGUUUUCAUCCAAAUGUUGAUAACAACGGUAAUAUAUGCUUGGAUAUUUUAAAAGAUAAAUGGUCAGCCUUGUAUGAUGUGAGAACUAUUUUAUUAUCGAUUCAGUCACUACUCGCAGAGCCUAAUAUAGACAGCCCUUUAAAUGCUCUUGCUGCCGAGUUAUGGUCAAAACCGUCAGAAUAUAAAAAACACGUUUUAGAUACAUAUAAACAGGUUUAGGUAGCUAUUAAACAAAUUAAUCCAACUUUGUAAAUUAAUAUUAAAUGUUGUAAAAAAUUCCUAUUUGUUCUCCAACUGUUUAUUAUUUAAAUCGUUUUAGUAAGGACGACAAACAUGCUUCACUGACUUGACAUUGUUAAUGACGUAAAUCCGUAAGUAUAUAAUGUUGUGGACAAGUUGUAAUUUUAUUUCUUUGCAAUAAAUGUUAUUUCAAAUUUUA